GUUUUUACUUUUGAAGUUUUGAAGUUUCAGAGCACACUUGCAAGUUACAAUGGCAGAAGAAACAAUCCCUCAACCGGCUGACAACAAUCAGGAGGUGACCAACGCCGAAGACAUGGAAUUGGAGAACACAGAGCCCGGAGCAGAGCCGAAAGGAUCAAAUGAUGAAGCAAAUGAGGCUGCAAAAGUGACCAAUGGCGAUGCAAAUUCGAAGCGGGAGAGGGACGAAGAAAGCGCCGAUGGCAGCGUCGAAGAGGCGAAGAAGCAGAAGAUGGAGAAGUCAGUUGAAGAGGGAAGGAUUGAGAAGGCGCAAGGAGACGGGAAGGGAGAGGAGGAGCCCGGUCCUGUGACUAUAGGCCCUAAGAGCUUUCGAUCGUCGAGGGAAUUGUUUGAUCACUUCUAUAAAUUCCUCCACCACUGGCCUGCCUACUUGAACGUGAACCAGUACGAGAAGAUGAUGUUGCUGGAUUUGCUGAAGAAGGGGCAUGCAGAACCAGAGAAAAAGAUAGGGUGUGGUAUUCAUUCUUUCCAAAUUCGAAACCAUCCUAUUUGGAAAAACAAGUGCUUCUUCCUCAUUCGGGAGGACGAGUCUGUUGAUGACUUCAGCUUCAGAAAGUGUGUGGAUCAUAUCCUUCCCCUUCCUGAAAACCUCAAAGGUAGAUCUGAUGCAAACAAGGCAUUCGGCGGUGGCAAGCACCGCGGUGGCAGUGGUGGUGGAGGACGAGGCGGGGGUGGUGGUGGCCGUGGAAGAGGAGGAGGAGGGGGUAGGUGGAGAAACUGAUGGUUUUGCUAACUUCUUUUGAGUUUCACCACAAUUGGACCCAGUCGUCUUCCUGCAAAGAAUUCCCCAGAAAAUCCCAACCAAUGUCGCCCUUGGCCUUGAGUUCGAGGAAUAAUUUGUUUAAAUGCUUUCUCUUGAAUAUUAUCUAAGAUUCUUUAUUAAUUUUGUAGUUGAAUAGUGGUUCCUUUGAUUCUUUAAUUUAGUGAUAUUUUUCUUCUUUUAAA